AUGUCUGAAGUAUCGGCAAAGCCGGUGGCAGUACGAUUUUAUUGCGACUUCGCUGGCUGUGCGAGAUCUUUCACGAGGCAAGAUCACCUCAACCGGCACAAAAAAAACCACAGCGCAGAAUUGGAGCAUAAAUGUGAUUGGCCCGGAUGCAACAAGUUUUUCACGAGAAGUGAUGUGAGAGAAAAGCACUACAAAAGACAUGAAGUCAAGAGCGGGAUUGAUCCCUCGCAUAAUCAACGAGCACAUCGAAAGACUCAGAAAAGACACCAGAUUAGAUUCAUAUCUGUGGAUGCAAAUUCUAUUGCCGAGGGAAAACGGCCGGCCAGUGAUGCCCCAGAUGGAAGUGCUUCAAAGCGGCGGAACUUGGAGGUGACUCAGUUUAACUCCACGCCGAUUUUGAACGAGCCAGUGGUUUCAUCCGAAGAUUUACUUCAAUGGUUACUCCAAGACUUCGAUAGCUUGCCUGUCAGUCAGGAUAUGGAUGCAUUUGCUGAUGUCUCGAGAUUUCAGAGUUCGAUCUCGGUGGGUGACCAGCUGGAGGUUCCAUGCGAGCCACCCCAAGAGCAGGAUCUAGACUUCCUACAGAUUUCCUCACAGUUUCCAUAUUCUACCGAUCAAACUACUAUCAACUCGACAAUAAUGGAGGAUCUCGCAGAGGCAUUACCAAGCAUCAAAUACCAAGAGGAGUUCAGACAAGAAAGGCUCGAGUACUACUUGGAGAUGUACUGGACGUGUUUCCAUUCUCAAUUCCCCGUUUUGAAUAAACCUUCAUUCUCCACAUUCGAAGCACACCCAAUUCUUUUGUUAUCGAUGAUAGUUGUUGGAGCCUCUAUGUCGAAUUCUUACCAGAAGGCUCAUCUUGCGAAACCACUGUUGUUUGCAGAUUCGAUAGCCGUUCCUCUAAGGUGGCUAAUAUACAAAAACAAGGAAUUCAAACCACCUCCAAAAUCGUGGAUCGUUCAGUCGUUGACGAUGCUGGAGUUAUACGAAAUUUCCAGCUCGUCACGAGAUUUGCAUGAAAGAGCGAAUCUCCAUCACGGAUUGACUAUCCAAAUGUUGAGGCGAUCGCCCAUGUUUGGAGGAGAUCCUUGGAUGAAGUACAACUAUGCUACAGACAACCAGAGCGUCAUCACGGUGAACCGCUCCAGUGAUACCGCAACAUGGAAGAAAUGGAUAGAACAAGAAUCGAUGAAGAGAACGUCGCUUUUUGCCUUCUAUCUAGAGACAGUUCAUGCCAUUGUUUUUGGCCAUGAGAUGAUGCUCGCUUUGCAUGAUGUGAAGCUUUCGCUUCCAUGCGACGAGAAUCUGUGGCAAUACGGAUCUUGGGGAUUCAACACCGAGUAUGAAAUACCCUUGAAAUUUCUGGGUGCUAUAAAAAAAGUCAUUCACCGCCAGGUGGUGGUCGCAGGGGCUUUCGGGAAGCAAAUGAUUCUCUCAGGACUGCUCUCGCUAUUCUUCCAGCUGGAAGAGAAAGACUUUGAGCUUUCUAUCUCGGAUUGGAAUUCCAGGAAAGAAAAAUGGAAGGGAACCAUUAUCUUGGCCAUCAACUUCUGGAACUCCGACAUCUGUCCCGGAGGAUGCUGCAAUAUUCGCAACUCGGUGUGUUCUGAGUUGCUGCCUCUUUCCCCGCAAUCCUUUCAGAAGGAGGAUUUUACUUGCAAGAGCCCAUUGAGACAUCUUUAUGCGUCAUACACGGACUUGAAGCACUAUGACUUCAUGGUGUACGCUGGAGCACCAGGACGGAUGAACGUGAAGUUCAGUGGCAAGGAUACAGAAGCUGUCAACGACAGGGUCCAGAGUUGGUGCGAGAAGGGAGGAAAUGCAUUGGUCACUGUUAUUCAGAUAUAUCUGUUUCUUUGCGAAAUGAUGCUUGGAACCGUGCCGGAGUCCAACGGAACGAACGAGAUUGAUCCCGAAGAAGUUCCAUACGAUCCAUCAACCGAUUGCUUCCCAUACCGCAAACACAUGCUCACGCAUAUGUUGAUCAUCCUUUGGUGCUAUAACUUUUACAUUUCCGGUCCAGAAUCCCACGCAUAUUCAACAGACUCGCCAAUUGACGCCAGCGAGGUACCAGAAAAGGAGUCGGCACACGCUUACUUGAAAAGGAUCAAAGAAGAACUCCAAAACUUGACGGGCCUCAAACUCGACUCCACAAUAUCAGGACAGUCGGCUCGCCUAUUCGCAGACUCAGUUCCGCUUGUCACCCACAAACAUCACAUGGUGGGGCUUCUCCGUGCAUUCAAGGAAAAAUACGAGCAUGACCAUUCCGAAAUUGCAAGAGAACAUUCGCGACUCCUGGACAACUGUAUAAAGAGAAGUCUUGGUUCACAAAGGGUCUCGUGCGACUACAUGUUUGAGUAA